GGGAAGGAAAUGAAGUUGAUGAUCGACAGAGACAAACUUGUGUCAGCUGCACGGCUCCGCUGCCGCUGCUGCUCAGGAUCAAACAUAAUUUUUUCUGUCGGAUUAAAAUCAUUUUUGCCUUUCAUUAACUGUACCGGUGGUGUCGCGUCAUGACGCACUCUGAUUAAACCGAGCAGUUGUAAAUGGAUCCAGUGGCUCAGUGCGGACAUGGCGAAAUGAUGUGCAGAAGUCAACUGAAGUGAAGCGGACUGUCACUUAUAGUUCAUGUUGAGAGCCCGACUGUUAACCUGACCGAGCUAACCAGACACCAUGGCUGGAGACGACCCCUACCUUCAUACUACUAACCAGAUUCUGAUGGAGAUGAUGGAUCCCACACCAUGGGAGUUCACACCCUUUCCUGUAAUGUCUCAGACGUCCAUGCGGACAGUUUCAGCUGACGGACCGUACCUACAGAUUGUGGAGCAGCCCAAACAGCGUGGCUUCAGGUUCAGGUACGGCUGUGAGGGUCCGUCUCACGGUGGUCUACCUGGCGCCUCCAGUGAGAAGAACAGAAAGACCUACCCCACUGUCAAGAUCAGUAACUACCAGGGUCCAGCCCGUGUAGUGGUGCAGCUGGUGACGGCAGUGACGCCCCACCCUCAGCUCCAUGCUCACAGUCUGGUGGGGAAACAGUGUGACAAAGGGAUCUGCAUCGCCGACCUGCAGCCCAAAGACUCCAACAUCAGUUUUCCAAAUCUGGGCAUCCUCCAUGUGACGAAGAAGAACGUGGCGAAGACUCUGGAGGAGAGAAUGGUGGAAGCCUUCAGGAUGGGAUACAAUUGUGGAGUCUCCAUACACCCCGAUAUUGACGGGCUGCAAGGAGAAGUCCGCGUCCCCCGAGACCUCACUGACCACCAGCGCAGUGUAAUCAGCAGUGCGGCGGCACUUCAGGCUAAAGAAAUGGACCUCAGUGUGGUUCGGCUCAUGUUCACUGCGUUCCUCCCUGACAGCGAUGGAGGUUUCUCCAGACGACUCGAGCCUGCUGUGUCUGAACCAAUCUACGACAGCAAGGCUCCAAACGCCUCCAACCUGAAGAUCGUGAGGAUGGAUCGAACUGCUGGCUGUGUAAGCGGAGGAGAGGAGGUCUACCUGCUCUGUGACAAAGUCCAGAAAGAUGAUAUCCAGGUUCGUUUCUUUGAAGAAGACGAUACGGGGUUGACUUGGGAGGCUCUGGGAGAUUUUUCCCCGACAGACGUUCACAGACAGUUCGCCAUCGUGUUCAAGACUCCAAAGUAUCGAGACCAGAACCUGCAGAAGCCGACGUCGGUGUUUGUCCAGCUGAAGAGGAAGUCUGACAACGAGACGAGCGAGCCAAAACCCUUCACCUACCACCCCCAGAUCAUAGACAAGGAGGAGGUGCAGAGGAAGAGACAGAAGACAUUACCAACUUUCCAUGACUUCAGUGGUCAUGGUGGAGGAGGAGGAGGAGGUCUGUACCGAGGUGGGGGAGGAGGUCCAGCAGCAGGAGGACCCGGCUCUGCAGGAGGAGGAGGAGGAGGAGGAGCGUACUUCCAGGGCUUCACCACCUACAACUAUGGAGGAGGAGGAGGAGGAGGUGGUGGAGGUUUCUCCACAGGAUACUCAGCUGGUCUGGGAGGUGGAGGAGGCGGCAUCAAACACGCCUCUCAGAGUGAAGCAGCAGAUGACAGCAGUGACGAUGACAGCGAUCCAGAUGAUGACUCGGGGUCAGGGGUCACACUGAGAUCUUCAGCCCAGCGAGGAGACCUAGAGGUGGAGGAGAGGACUGAGAAGGAAGGGGUCAGUGUGGAGCCUCAUACAGAUGAGCGGUCGGUUGAGGAGAGCAGCAGACAGCUGGAGGCGCUGUUUAAGUACUCAGUUACAGGAGACUCGGCCUACCUUCUGGCCACACAGCGCCAACUGAUGGACGCACAGGACGAGGACGGAGACACUGGGAUCCACCUGGCAGUUCUACACAGCCAGCAGGAAGCGCUGAAGAGUCUGACUCAGGUUGUCUCUGCUCUGCCUGGACAGGAUGUUCUCAACAUGAGGAACCACCUCUACCAGACUCCUUUGCACCUGGCGGUAAUCACCCAGCAGCGGGAGGCAGUGGAAGCACUGCUGCUGGCCGGUGCUGACCCGACACUGACAGAUCGUCAUGGCAACACCGUGCUCCACCUGGCAUCCAAGCUGGAAGGAGGAGGAGGAAUGGUCCAGUUUUUACUGCAGCACAAAGAGCUGAGAGCACUGCUGGAACACACCAACACAGCAGGUCUGUGUGCGAUCCACCUGGCAGUUCUGGCCAAUCAGCUGUCUUCUCUCAGGGAGCUGCUGGAGGGCGGAGCUAAUGUAGAGACACCGGAGCGCAGCUGUGGACGGACCGCCCUCCACCUCGCCACCGAGAGUGACAACGUGUCACUGGCUGGCUGCCUGCUGCUGGAGGGAAACGCCAACGUGGACUGCUUAACCUUCAAUGGCUCCACCCCCCUCCACAUUGCCGCAGGACGGGGUUCCAUCAAGCUAACGGCUCUUCUGAUGGCUGCAGGUGCAGACCCUCAUAAGGAGAACUUUGAGCCGCUGUUCUUUAGGGAGGAGGACUGCUGUGAUGAAGAGAGGGAGGAAGAGGAUGAAGAUGAAGGCUACAUCCCAGGAACUACUCCACUCAGCAUGGCCGCCAGCACUCAGGUGUUGGAGCUUCUGAAUGGUAAAGAAUAUGAACCAAAGUCUCCACACAGACCGCUGUCUCCUCCUCCGGGUGACCUGGUGAGUCUGGACGUGGAGGUGAAGCAGCAGCUGUGUGGCGCUCUGGAGAGUGAAGGAUGCUGGGAGAGUCUGGCUCACAGUCUGGGUCUGGGCAUCCUCAACACGGCCUUCAGACUGAGCCCCUCCCCAGCCAAGACACUGCUGGACAGCUACGAGGUUUCAGGUGGGACGGUCUCUGACCUGUUGGCUGGACUGAGGUCCGUUGGAGAGUGCGAAGCACUUGGCGUCCUGGAGGAGGCACUACGUCACCGCGACGUCCAGGAGACAAAGACGACCAAUGAGAGGAGAGGAGGGUCUCAGGUUCAGGACCUGAAGGCUGAUGUCCAGAUCGACAGCGGGGUGUGUGACAGCGGGGUGGAGCUCUCCACGGCGUGACCGUCUCAUUGGUCGAUGUCAAGUCCAGAAAAAGCACAAUUCAUGCAUCCGUCAUCAACCAUCGUCCAACAAUUGAGGGAACGAUGCACCUCCUCUCUCAUAAAUGUUUCUCCUCACAAACAUUUGAACAGAUUUAAACAGAACAUAGCAGCAGUUUAACUGACAUGAGCUAAAAAGUCAACGAUCGAUUCUUGUUUUAAUGAAAGAGAAGUAUUUGGUUGGAGGUUUCUCAGCCCACACUACACUCCAACAGUUCAACCAAAGAAUCUAAAUCUGUUUUUGUUCCUCGCUCAAAGAAAGCUGUUGGUUUACAGGAAUAAUUCACCCAAAAUGAACCUUUUUCUCCCUCAUGUGGAAACAUGUUCUGUCGGCUGGUGAACGAAGAGAUGAUGAGAGAGUUUCUGUUGGAUUUUAGGAUUUGAUGAGCAUUCAGCAGGUUGUUUUUCUGUAGCAGACAUCACGUCUGCAGGGGAAAGGUGCUAUUAACACUGAAAUGAUUGUAAAAGAGGCUAAUUCGCCCUGAAAGGAGGAGUUCAGACUGUUGGACGUUUGUCUUAAAGUGACACUCACAUGUUUUAUGUAUUCAUGUGUUUGUAAUGAUUCCUGCUGAUCAUUCUGGCUGUGACAAACACUCCCCACACUGGUCAUGUGGUGAACGACAGUAAAUCAGUUUUUAUGUCACAUUUUCAUCUGUGAUGAAGCUGCUCUGUUCGUAUUUGAUGGGCUGACUGGAAUCAUUACAAACAUCAACAUCUCAUGUGAAUAUUCUAUUAAUUCAGACUGAAAACAUCUGAAAUCGUCCUUUAAGUGUGCAUGUUUUUAAAGAUUAAAAAAAAAAUUAUUUAGUGUUUUUCUAUUUUAAAGGCCAUUUCAUUUCCUGUCCGUCUCACCACUGAAAACUUGUCAAAGCUGCAGCAGCGAGAUGAAUUUAACAAGCUGUCGUUCACGUCUCUUCAGUCUUUGAUCGAUUUAUAUUCGACUGGAAUCAGGAGGAACUGUUAGCGUAGCUUCAACAAGAGAUACAUGACUUACUGCAAAGCAUUGUGGGAAAGGAGCAGUCGUCCUCAGUGAGAAACCAAAGCUUCUCUGUGAUGAUAUUUAUAUCUUCGCUCUGCACUGUACAGUUCAACAUGAGCUUCUCUUUGGUCAUACUGUUUUUUUUAAAUAAAUGUGUUUUUUAUAUUUA